AUGUCUUCUCACCAGGAGAUCAUUGAUGCGCUCACUGCAUUCUACAAGCAAGUCACCAAGCAUCUCUCUCUCGAUGAAGUGGCACUGAAGGAGGCGCCGGCGCAAGGCUGGAACAUUGACGCAGCCGCGCUGCAGUAUGGCGGGAAGACUGAAGCGGUACUCAAAUUGCUUCAGCACAUUCCGUAUCUCGAGGUUGCAGAAGGAGGCGACAGUCCGGCGAUCUGGGACGACACGGUCCCAAUCGACUACCGCACGAAGAAGAGAUCUUUCAUGGACGACGUCAACCGACUCCCGGAGCAUUGCGUCUAUCUCACCGAAGGCAUCUUUCAGGACGGCUUUUCACUCAUCGUGGACACCGAGAAAGGCACCAUUACGGAGUACAGCAUCCUGGACAGGAACGUCACGGCUGAUCCUGAUGAUUUCGAAAUGAUGCCGGACAGCGAGAAGUGGCGUGGCCAUCGCACACUCCCUGCGGCAGAACUUCUUGGACUGUGGACCAGCAUGUUCGCCCGUCUUGUCAAAAUGCUAGUUCCAAACAUCUCCUCCACUCCGCGCACGGGAAUCGUGCGCACUCGAGUGCCCAUCCGCAACGAAGCCGAAAUGCAGGCCAAAGACACCGACGAGCUCGAAGAGUGCCAUCCGAGCGAGGAGGAGCUUCAAGAAUCUACCAGAAGAACCAAGAACGAGUCGCUGCGACAGCUGCAGAUGGAUCAACGCCGCCACAUCGCUGACGUCUACAACUCCUUUCUGCGUCACGGUUGGAAUAAAGACUUCGACAAGGAAGCCUGCAGAGUCGAAGUCACGAAGUUGGAAGAACAGAACUUCGCGAAAGAGAUGGCUCAUGCAGAUCCGCAGGGAUCCUGA